AUGGCGGAUCAUCGUCGACAGUCUUCGGGGACGUCGAAACCCAGGCCUGUGCCGGCACCUAGCGCUUCGCCUCGCCCCAGCGAUGUCGACUUGCCAGCCGAGAGUUCUUACGCACGAGCUACAUCGAUAGCCAGGCUAGGGUCACCAGUACCAUCUUCGCACAGGGCUGGAUCACCGAUUGUUGGCCAAGUGCCCACACCCAGUCAGCUAGCAACCGGCGAGGCAUCACACUCGCAAACCCCACUCCCUGGUUCGGAUACUGUCAAGUCUUCUUUACCUGGGCCUGGAGAGUCUGCUUUGACGAAUGCUCUGAAAGGAUCAUUUGGAGGGAGUCCCCCGCGGUUCGACACUCCGCCCGCCCGCCCACUGUCUCCGGCGGCUGGCGACACAGAGAGCCGUGGGCCGCGAAGCAAGUACGGGUCGUUCGACCCAAGAUCGGUUGGUGUCGGUAGUCCAGCCCGUCAAGAAACUCACGAGAUUGUUCGGAGGCACUUGGUCGGUGGUGGCAAUAAUUCGUCAUCCAACCUCGUAGGGGCUGGCGAUGAGUACAGAUCAAGGAGAGGGUCGCUUGGCGGCGGCAGGAGUGACUCCCUAAACCCAGCGCCCGGUGCCGAUGAGGAGGAGUUUUCGAGUCUGCAGCUGCAGGGAGGAGACAUUACGCGCCAGAUUUAUCGAUGGACUGAGCGGCAAGAAGCGGAAGCCAGAGGCGAAGGCAUGACCCGUAGGAGCAAGAGUUUCCACUUGACGCGUCCAAGGCCAGAGGACCGGGCACUGGACAUCGACACCAUCAAGCAACCCGGUGGAUUCCGUAGGAACUAUCUUCGCAGGUCGGCAGCAAGUCCGUCCCCGGGUCCUUCACACCGCGGCCAGUACGGGACAGUUCAGCCAGCGCGGGAGGCACCGCAGCCUUUCACAAGCAACUUUAUCGAAUUCCUAAGUCUAUACGGUCACUUUGCGGGCGAGGAGCUGGAGGAAGACGACGAGAAUCUGGGCCCAGACGAGUACUUCUCUUCCGAUGCAUACGAAGAAGCCACAACCGGCGACGAAGAAAGCGAGGAGGAAGGCCGAGAGUACGGCGAAGGCAGCGCGCUCCUAACACCAAAAGCCAGACGGCGUCGAAGAAAAGAAAGAGCUGCUGGUAAAGGCAGCCCGACCGGGGCUGCACUUCUACUUCUGAAAUCCUUCGUCGGAACCGGCGUGCUUUUCCUUCCGCGAGCUUUCCUCAAUGGUGGCAUGCUCUUCAGUAACAUCGUUCUGCUUGGUGUGGCCGUGCUUAGCUAUUACUGCUUCGUCCUUCUCGUAUCCACCAGGCUAAAGGUCGAACAUUCCUUCGGUGAUAUGGGACUUGUCCUUUACGGAAAGACUAUGCGUAACCUCAUCAACUUCUCCUUGGUGAUCAGCCAAAUCGGAUUCGCAUCAGCUUACAUUGUAUUCACCUCCGAGAACCUGCAAGCGUUCAUCCUUGCGGUCUCGAAAUGCCGGACGUUCAUCGAUAUCAAGUACAUGAUCCUGAUGCAAAUGGUCAUCUUCCUGCCGUUGUCCCUGUACAGAAACAUCAACCACAUUCAGAAACUGGCACUCACCGCAGACCUCUUCAUUAUCCUUGGACUCGUUUACCUGUACUAUUACGACAUUCGCACCAUUGUCGACCAGCACGGCGUAGCGGAUAUUGCCAACUUCAAUAGUAAGGACUGGACAUUGUUCAUCGGGACAGCAAUCUUCACUUUCGAGGGCAUCGGUCUCAUCAUACCGAUCCAGACGGGCAUGAAGGACCCGAAGAAGUUUCCCAACGUCCUCGCGGGAGUCAUGGUGGUCAUUACUGUCGUCUUCAUCAGCAUGGGCGCUCUAUCAUACGCAGCGUUUGGAUCGAAGACCAAGACCGUCGUCAUCCUCAACAUGGCCCAGGACAACAAAUUCGUCAACGGUGUCCAAUUUAUCUAUUCUCUGGCCAUCCUGCUCUCGACACCCUUGCAGAUCUACCCUGCUAUUGAGAUUACUUCUCAGCAGCUCUUCAGCCGGACUGGCAAAUACAACCCCUACAUCAAGUGGAAGAAGAACGUCUUCCGGUUCUUCAUGGUCGUCUUCUGCGCCUCUAUCGCCUGGGCAGGAGCAGGAGAUCUGGAUAAGUUCGUGGCGCUUGUGGGCAGCUUUGCCUGCGUGCCGCUGGUGUACAUCUACCCGCCAUUGCUGCAUUACAGAGCCGUCGCCCAGACACGAUGGCAAAGGCUCACCGACAUUCUGCUCUGCAUAUUUGGAUUUGUUUUGAUGGCCUACACCAGCGCGCUCACCAUCUCUUCCUGGGUACAUGGCAGUACCACCAAGCCGCCCGGCUACUGCGACAGUAAAUGA